CACAGCCUGAAGGUAUAACAGAGACAGCCACUCGCUCCAGCCUUGCGAGCAGUGAGCUGCGAACUUGAAGCUGCUAGUCAGUAGCCACCAGCAGCACUGAGCACCAACACCCCGAGCUACCAUGGCCUACUGCCGGCAGGAAGGGAAGGAUCAAAUCAUAUUUGUGACCAGAGAAGACCAUGAAAGUCCCAGCAACGCAGAGCUGGUGGUCGACGACCCCAAGGAUCCCUAUGAGGAGUACGGCUUGACACUGCCAAGUGGAGAAAUUAACUGGAAUUGCCCGUGCUUUGGGGGGAUGACCAGCGGUCCUUGUGGAGAAUCCUUCAAAUCUGCCUUCGCCUGCUUCCAUUACAGCACGGACGAAAUCAAGGGGUCAGACUGCGCAGAGCAGUUCCAAGCCAUGCAGGAGUGCGUGCGGAAGUAUCCAGACGUCUAUCCCCAAGAGGAGAAUGAGGCCAACGGUGAGAACAAGGAUGAGGACAAGGGAAACUUCUACGAGGAGGGCAAGGAGGACAAGGAGGGCGAAGAUGGCGAGGAGGGCGAAGAGGGCGAGGAGGACAAGGAAGAGAGUGAGGAGGAGGAGGAGGAGGAGGAGGAGGAGGAGGAGGAGGAGGAGGAGGAGGACUAUUACGAUAGCUAUUAUGCGGAGGGCGAGGAAGACGAUGUCUACUACGAAGGGGCUGAAGAGUGGGAGAGCGACUAUUACGAAGAGGGCGACUUCUACUAUGAGGAGGAGGAAGAUGAGAACAUCUACUACGAGAUUGACUACUAUGGGGAGGAUGAGGAAGAGGAGGACGGCGAUGUUUACUACGAGGUUGGCUACUACGAGGUGGAGGAAGAGGAGGAGGAAGAGGAGCCAGCACAAUCGGUGGAGGAAGCAGGUGGCACUGAGGCCUCUGCUGCCACCAAGCAGUAGCCAAGUAUCUAGAAGUCCCAGUCCCCAGCUGCCGCCACCCUUUUGCUUAAGCCUCAGGACUUUCUGCACAAUAACCGCCUUCCGAUAGCCCUCCACGAGAGCACCUUUCCCUCUGCUGGUCUACGCUCUGUCCUAUAGAAAAUAACUUACCUUGAUGAUCAGGCGUCUUGGCGGCUUGCCAUAUACCCUGAAGAAAAGCGGUGUGUGUGGUGUGCGCCUGCACCCUACAUAAACCUACCCCCAGCACUAGGUCGCUGCUCAACUGUCCUCUCGAGUGCCCUGGACUUUGCUGCCUUGAAAAAAAAAAAAACGUGACAUUCUCAACAGUCAAAAGUUGUUACUCAAGAAAGUCUCUCAUCCUUGGAGUAUCACACCAUCAGAGAAACUACAAAUGGAAAUGGCUGGAAAAUGGCAUCUGGUCUUGAGGCUUGGGGAAAGAAGAUUUAGUGACGCGAUUUCCUGGUCAAUUGGUUGGCUUUCCAGGGGUGCCGAUUUGCCAUAGACUGUGGGUCUGGCCAACUGACUCAUUUUGUCCCAGCAUCCCACCUUCCACAUGGCACAUGGUCUUUUCCUGGAUGGUGGUGGUUUUUUUCUUCCAUUUAAUGAGAAAGUAGUAAGGAAAAACCAACUCAGGCCUUGAGAUCAACUUUUAAUCCUCUGUGGAAAGCCUCAAAACAGGAAACGCACACCUCCGAUCAAGAGAAGGAUGAACACGUUUUGUAAAACUGAUUUCCUUUGGGUCCAUCUUCCUUUUCUGAAACAAAAAAUAACUAAAAUGAUUUAUAGAGCAGCCAAAUAUCUUCUUCUACCUAGAGUUCAUAGAGAUAUGUAUUUUUCUCAUGAGACAAGAAAAUUCAUUUUCUUAUACAUGUUCUAUUUUAUGACCUAGCAUUUCCCAUCGAACAAAAGGAUCUUAGUGAAAACCAGGGGACCAAACCUAAAUAACAUCAUUAGUGGCAAAUGGGAGCUCCAUUGCCUUAAGCAAACAACCCUGGGCAAAAUCAGUUCUCGACCAGUAUGGUCAUCUGUAAAUGAUAUGAAUUUGCUUAUUUUUUGCAGAGUACUCUUUUUGUUUGAAGCUAUAUAAAGAAAAUACUUUGAUAUUAGCUGAUUUGCCAUUGGUCCCCUGUAAAAAUUAAAAUUCUUUUUGACUAAUUUGGUUACCUCCAUAGCUAGAAGGGUACCUGUAAUUGAACAAAUUGAUUUUUGAUUAAUGUUUAGAAUAAGAGUGUUUGCCCAAAUGAACACAGAAAAGCAAGCCUUCACUGACAAAGGACUGUUACAGUCAAUUCACACCAGCUAUUAAAGUUUGACAAUAAGAAAAUGAACGAACAAUCAGACACAAAUGAACACAAUUCAUGAACAGACACUUUACUAAAUAAGACCCCCGACUCCUAGCAUGAUGAAAUUGCCAUUUCCUGUGAUGGAGAUGCUCCUUGGAGAAUUGUACACCAUGUUACCUUACACAGGGCCAUUUCCUUAUUUCCUCUCCUCUAGAUCUGCCCACUGAUGUAGACUGACAGAUAGCCUCCUAGCUUGCUGCAGUUCUAGGCUAGGGCUGAUCAUAUAAACACUGUUGAGAUCUGGAAAGUGGAAUUGGAACAUCAGCCAUUACACCUUGAAGGUGUGGGUCAGGUGUCAGACACCACUGCAGCUCCUACCAGUAUCUAGUGAUGGAUGAUACGGGACAGGGGUAAGCAACAGCUGGAACCUCAGCUCUGGCUGGAUCUCUUCCCUCAACUUUCCUGAAUCCAGGGCCAGGUUUCUGUACAGAUCAAUGAGAAGGGCAUUAGACCCUUCUAUAGGUUACCACUAUCAUCAAAGUUCAAGGCAGUGAGACCAGACAGACUUGUUCUCACUGGUCCCAGUUAAACCUUGUACAUUCCUAGUGAUCCUUGAUGUCUUCUGCUUCAUGCCCCGCUUUUCUUUUGCUUUGCACUGCUAGCCUGCCAUGGAAUCAGGCUCUCCCUCUGAGAAAGAAGCAACAGCCCUUCAUAGAUUCUAGUAGCUUCCCUUAGUGAUCCCUGGUGGACAAUGGCUUCUGCGCUCUUAUCUUUCAACUGUCUUCUCCCACCGCUCAGUUCCCUUGCGUCUCCUAUGAUCGUGUGGAACCUGAUUCCUAUAAAUAAAUAUGUCAUUUCAUAGCACA